GCCCCUGUGUACGGUAGCGGCGCGGUUAUUCGCUGCAGGUUAACGCUAUCAAUAUAUUAGGACAUGGAUUGCGGUACCGUAACUCGUUCGUUUGCGUGGAGGGGCUGACUAAGGAACUGCCUAAAUGAGAUAAAAGCCCGCAGACCAGGCUGCAUUCUGUUUGUCCCACGGAGACGUGUCGGCUGUGCUACAAUAUCAGGGAAAAGGCCACAGACCGACAUCACAGCCAUCAGCUCUAAUGCGAAAUGUUCACGUCUAUUUUGUGGAUUCUCUGUCUGCCAGUAUGUCUUCAGCGGUGUGGAUUUUCCCUCGCUUCCAGAACAGAAUGUGAGCAGUCUCAGUUUCAGUGUGGGAACGGUAGGUGUAUUCCGUCUGUGUGGAAGUGUGAUGGUGACCAGGAUUGCUCAGAUGGCAGUGAUGAGACCUCCUGCGUAAGGAAGACCUGCGAAGAAGUGGACUUUGUCUGUCACAGUGGUCAGUGUGUACCUAAGAGAUGGCAGUGUGAUGGUGAACCGGACUGUGAGGAUGGCUCAGAUGAAAGCAUUGAGAUGUGCCACACGAGAACCUGCCGAGUGAAUGAGUUCAGCUGUGGGGUUGGCUCCACACAGUGCAUUCCGGUCUUCUGGAAGUGUGAUGGUGAGAAAGAUUGCGACAAUGGGGAAGAUGAGGUGAAUUGUGGAAACAUCACAUGUUCACCUCUGGAGUUCACCUGUGCCAGCAGUCGCUGCGUGUCUCGUAAUUUUGUCUGCAAUGGUGAGGAUGACUGUGGGGAUGGCAGUGAUGAGAAUGACUGUGUUCCAUCCUCCUGUGGUCCCAGUGAGGUUCCCUGUGGGAACAUCACAUGCAUUCCUAGGAGCUGGUUAUGCGAUGAUGAUGUAGACUGCCAAGACCAAUCAGACGAGUCCCCUGAACGUUGUGGCCGCAACCCAACGCCGCCGGCAAAAUGUUCGUCCAGUGAAAUGCAGUGUGGUUCUGGGGAAUGCAUCCAUAAGAAGUGGCGCUGUGACGGUGAUUCAGACUGCAAGGACAGCAGUGACGAGAAAAACUGCUCUGUCCGUACAUGCCGGCCUGACCAAUUCAAGUGUGAGGAUGGAAGCUGUAUCCAUGGCAGCCGGCAGUGCAAUGGGUUUAGAGAUUGUGGGGAUGGCACAGAUGAAGUAAACUGCAAAAAUGUAACUCAGUGUAGCGGCCCUGACACAUUUAAGUGUCGCAGUGGGGAAUGCAUUGAGAUGAGUAAAGUGUGUAAUAAGGCCCGUGACUGCCCUGACUGGAGCGAUGAACCCAUCAAAGAGUGCAAUAUGAACGAAUGCCUGCUAAACAACGGCGGCUGCUCGCACAUCUGCAGUGACAUGACGAUUGGCUAUGAGUGUGACUGUCCACCGGGACUCCAGCUUAUUGAUCACAAGACCUGUGGUGAUAUCAAUGAGUGUCUAAACCCUGGUAUAUGUAGUCAAAUCUGUAUAAAUCUUAAAGGCGGCUACAAGUGUGAAUGUCACAAUGGCUAUCAGAUGGAUCCCACCACUGGCGUGUGCAAGGCUGUAGGUAAAGAGCCCUGUCUUAUUUUCACCAAUCGAAGAGAUAUUCGUAAACUAGGCCUUGAACGUCGUGAAUACACUCAGAUUGUGGAGCAUCUGCGGAACACUGUGGCUCUAGAUGCUGACUUUGCUCAACAGAGGAUAUUCUGGGCAGAUCUGGGCCAAAAAGCGAUUUUCAGCACAGUAUUGGAUAAGCAGGAGGAUGGGGCAAGUCAUAGCAAAGUGAUUGACAGUGUUCAAAUGCCUGUUGGAAUAGCAGUGGACUGGAUUUACAAAAACAUCUAUUGGUCAGACCUGGGUAGUAAGAGUAUAUCUGUGGCCAGCUUCAAUGGGACCAAGAGGAAGGUGCUGUUUGACAGUGGUCUAAAAGAACCGGCCUCUAUUGCUGUAGAUCCUCUAUCAGGGUUUCUGUAUUGGUCCGACUGGGGUGAACCAGCCAAGAUUGAAAAGUCUGGAAUGAAUGGAGUUGACAGACAGGUGCUAGUUGAGAUGGACAUUCAGUGGCCCAAUGGAAUCACACUUGAUCUGAUCAAGGGGAGACUAUAUUGGGUGGACUCCAAGCUGCACAUGCUCUGUAGUGUUGACCUGAAUGGAGACAAUCGUAGAAAAGUGCUGCAAUCCCCAUAUUACCUUGCUCACCCUUUAGCUAUGACAGUUUUUGAGGAUCGUGUAUUCUGGACAGACGGUGAAAACGAGGCCAUAUAUGGUGCAAACAAGUUCACCGGCUCUGAUAUAACUAUGCUGGCCAGCAACCUCAAUGAACCACAGGACAUCAUUGUGUACCAUGAGCUAAUUCAGCUGUCAGGGACAAACUGGUGUAAUGAGAAGAUGGAGAAUGGAGGCUGUUCGUUUAUGUGUUUGCCAGCUCCACAGAUUAACAAACAUUCCCCAAAAUACACCUGUGUUUGUCCGCAAGGUCAAAUACUCUCUCUGGGUGGAGUGCGUUGUAGACCAGUGUCUCCAGAACCAAACACAGCCCCUGAACCAGGUCAUGCUGUAGAAGGAAAUAUAAGUACUUCUAUACAUGAAGUCAAUUCAUCAGCCAAAGGAUCUGCUGCUGCCUGGGCCAUUCUGCCUGUGUUGUUGUUGGCCAUGGCUGCAGCGGGUGGUUACUUGAUGUGGAGGAACUGGCAGAUUAAAAACAAGAAGAGUAUGAAUUUUGAUAACCCAGUGUAUCUGAAGACUACUGAAGAAGACCUCAAUAUAGAUAUAAAUAGACACUCUGCCUCUGUUGGCCACACAUACCCUGCUAUUUCAGUGGUAAGCACAGAAGAAGAUUUGUCGUAACCAAGUUUAUUUACCACCAGACUAAUGGCAUCAGGGGCCUCAAAACCAGAUUCCUUCUGAAGUGCAUUUCCAAGUUUUUAAUCAGAAACAGGAUGUGAAUUGUGGUACAAGAAAGGACAUUUCUACUGACUUUUAUGUCCAGAUCCGGAUGGUCAUUUGUCUGUCUGGAAUGUUUAAAUGAAAUGCAUAUUUUAGACUGUCAUGCCUUCAAGAUAUGUUUCCAAAAUAGAAGUAAUUUCUCAGAAGUACAUUCUUAAAGGCAUAGUUAAAAGAAAAAUUUUCAUUAAUUACCAUCAUGUCGUUUCACAAACGUAAGACCUUCAUUCAUCUUCGGAACACAACUAAAGGUAUUUUUUUAAGUCCAAAAGCUUUCUGACCCCCCCAUACACAGACGCGGAAAGCUAGUAAAUAGUCCAUGUGACUACAAUGGUUUAACUUCAUUUUAUGAAGCGAUGAGAAUGCAUUGUGUGCUCUUGUGAAUGGACAUUGGAUACUGUCACAAAAGAGCUGAAAUUGCUGAAUUAGUUGUUAUUAUUUUUUGUACUCAAAGUAUUCUAGUCGCUUUAUAAAAUGAAGGUGGAACCACUUUAGACACAUGGACUAUUUUGUCGAGGCCUUUACUGUCUUUCUGUGCCUUGAAGGUGGCAGUUGCGUUGCUGUCUAUGAAGGGUGAGAAAGCUCAUGGACUUCAUCAAAAAUAGCUUAAUUUGUUUUCUGUAGAUGAACGAAGGUCUUACGGUUGUGGUAAAAUGUGAGGGCAAUAUAGACAGAAUUUUCAUUCUUCAAUGAAAUAUCCUUUCAAGUUCUAAAUGCUAAAGUGCUGUUAAAUCAUUUUUAAAACACUGAAUAUAUCUCUCUCAACAACAUAAUUAAUAAGGACUAAGCCCUUUGGUCAAAUUUUCCUCUGUAAAUAAGAUUGUAUACAUUUGACUGAGGCAAUUUUGCUAUGUUUGGGCAUUGUACCAGGGUAGAAGAUCUAUUUAAAAAAUGUUUGUUUAAACUAUUUUGUAUGUAUGUUUGCUGUUCCUGUUACCUUUUCUAGCAGGGGAACAAAAUGCUCUGUAUUGUGAGAACGUAAAUAUUUGCAAACACAUCCAAUAAAAUUAAGAUUUAAAUUAA